CCUCGCUUCUCUCCCUCUCUCCUCGCCCGCUGGGUGCUGAAGUUGGGCGGAUGGCAGCAAACCGGCUCCGCUAGAGGACCCAGCAGCACAGCCCCGCGCCCCCGGACGCAUCGGUGCGCUGUCCACACCUCCAGGGGACAGGCCAAUUGGGUCCUGAAGUAGCUGAAAUGCGAAAAAGGCAGCAGUCCCAAAAUGAAGGAGCACCUGCUGUGUCUCAAGCACCUGGAAACCAGAGACCCAACAACACCUGUUGCUUUUGUUGGUGCUGUUGUUGCAGCUGCUCCUGCCUCACUGUUAGGAAUGAAGAAAGAGGGGAAAAUGCAGGAAGGCCCACACAUACUACAAAAAUGGAGAGUAUCCAGGUCUUAGAGGAAUGCCAAAACCCCACAGCAGAGGAAGUGUUGUCCUGGUCUCAAAAUUUUGACAAGAUGAUGAAGACCCCUGCAGGAAGAAACCUUUUCAGAGAGUUCCUCCGAACAGAAUACAGUGAAGAGAACCUACUUUUCUGGCUUGCCUGUGAAGACUUAAAGAAAGAGCAGAACAAAAAAGUAAUAGAAGAAAAGGCCAGAAUGAUAUAUGAAGAUUACAUUUCUAUACUGUCACCAAAAGAGGUCAGUCUUGAUUCUCGAGUUAGAGAGGUGAUCAAUAGAAAUCUGUUGGAUCCUAAUCCUCACAUGUACGAAGAUGCCCAACUUCAGAUAUAUACUUUAAUGCACAGAGAUUCUUUUCCAAGGUUUUUGAACUCUCAAAUUUAUAAGGCAUUUGUUGAAAGUACUGCUGGCUCUUCUUCUGAAUCUUAAUUUUUCAUUAAAACCAUCAUUUUGGAGGGCUGGGAUGAAAAAUAAAAGUAGUUAAAUAACAUCAGAAACUGAGUUCCUGGAGAACUACAGUUUAGCAUUUCUCAGGCUACUGUGAAAAUACAACCAUUAUGGUCUUUGUCUCCAUUUUUAUCAAGGUUAUCCAUGGUUAAGUUUGGAGAAAAUACCAUACACACACACACAAAAAAUAAAUUGCCAAAUUGUUUGUUUUAUUCAACACUCAUUCUACUUGCAAGCAAACUAUAUCUGUUGUCCUAUGACCAGUCUCCUAGCGUAUCUCCAGAGACUGCAUGUGCAAAGUAAAACUGCUUCAUUUGCCACGUAGUUGUUGUAAUAUUUAAUCCAAUAGCAUAACUUAUAUCUGUAUUUAAGGACUUUUGUGCAAUAUGAUCUUAUAGAAAUAAUUGCCAAAAAUUGGCCGUGGUUUGCAUUUUUUUAAACAUAAUCUAAAACAGAAAGACGAUUUUUACAAUGUGAUAAUGGUAUUCAACAAGGUGUAUACUGUGUUCAGUACAUUAAUUUUGAGGCCAAUAUUUCUGUACAUGAAAAAAAGAGCUAUUUAUCUCUGUUUGUUGGAAAAUCCUAAUGGGGGAGUCCUCUGGUUGUUCACUGCCAAAACUGUGGCAUUUUCAUUAUAGAAGAGUUUGCUAUGUUAAAA